GCAGCCGCAGCAAGUCACCACCAACAAGCAGGAAGCCAGGAACCAACUCAUCUAUCGGUGAUGGAGCACGAGUUACUCCAGCUGUUGCACCUGCCGCCCCAGGACGGCCAGGACCACCUCUCGGUCAUCAGCUCGGGCUUCUUCGACGUCCACGGCAACGCGCAUUUCCCGAGCAGCGGCUGCGCGUUGUUCGGGACGGUCGCCGCCGAGUCGGGCCUCGACGACGACUGCAGCUGGGUAGAGGACCUCAUGCAGCUCGGCGACAAGCUGUUCGGGGACGGCGCCGGCCCCGGCUGCGAAGAUAAUGCCGCCGGCACGGACGAGGGCUGCCAGCAGCAGCCGUGGCAAUGCAACGGCGGCUCUUCGGACGACCCACCACCAAGCAUGUCCUUGGACGGCGACGGGAACCCUCAUUCGGUGGAGCAAGGCGCCGGGGAGCUCGCCUCCGAGCCGCACCGCGACGACGGCGACGACGCGUCGCCGGUGACGCGGAAGCGGAGGGACCGGUCCAAGACGAUCGUGUCAGAGCGGAAGCGGAGGGUCCGGAUGAAGGAGAAGCUGUACGAGCUCAGAUCCCUCGUCCCCAACAUUACAAAGAUGGACAAGGCCUCCAUCAUCGCCGACGCGGUGGUGUACGUGAAGAACCUGCAGGCGCACGCCAGGAAGCUCAAGGAGGAGGUCGCGGCGCUGGAGGCGCGGCCGAGGUCCCCCAGGCAGGAGCAGCAGCACAACCGGCGCGCGGGGGCGGCGGCGGCCGGCCGGCGCCGCCAGCAGGAGCGCGACGAGGAUAGCGCGGGGAGCACUGCCUCCGGCGCGCGGCUGGCGCACGUGGGGGCGGUGCAGGUCGGAGAGGGCCGGUUCUUCGUGACCGUCGAGUGCGAGCGGCGGGACGGCGUGGCGGCGCCGCUGUGCGCCGCCGUGGAGUCGCUGGCGUGCUUCCGGGUGGAGAGCUCCAGCCUCGUCCGGUCCGGGCCGGACCGCCUCGUGUCAACGCUCACGCUCAAGGUGAAUGAGCAAGUAGGGGACGCGGCGGUCUGCGAGGGCUCCGUGGUGAAGCUUUUGGUGAUGGCGGCUCUUCUCAAGGAGGGCUUCCGACCCGAAGCGACGGUCGAGAUGUCAUGAUCCACCUGUCAGCUGAUCAACCAGCUAAUGUUCGAUCAGUGUCUCCGAUUAGAUCUCAAACUUAAUUAGGUCUCGUGGACCCGUUCUCUGCGCCAUGCAUGUCACACUGAUUUUCGUGUUACCUCUAAGAGUACAAAUCACUGCAUCAUA